AUGUUCGAUUUUCAGCACGUGUGCACUUCAACGAAUGUGCCGCCUGUUUCCCCAUCCUCGGCUCAUCAGCCAUCGAUUUUCGAUUUCCAGAAGCCUGGCAGAUCUCCACCAGCCUCGGCUCGUCAGGCAUCGAUUUUUGAUUUUCAGCAAGUGGACACUUCAACGAAUGUGCCGCCUGUUCCCCCGUCCUCGGCUCGUCAGCCAUCCAUUUUCAAUUUCCAAAAGCCUAACAACCCUGCACCAGCCUCGGCUAAUAAAGGAUCCCCUUUCGAUUUUGAAGUCCAUCGUUCAUUUACCCCGGCCUCGGCUGUUCAGCCUUCCAUUGAUUUUCAAACACCUGGCACGUCUGCUCCAGCUCCUGCCUCUGACAAACCAGGCAUGUCUUCCCCUGGCGCCUCAAGGUCCAAUAGUACUCUGGGAUCACGGAAGUAUCUGACGAAAUCACAAGAGGCCAAAUUACAACUCCAGGGCCAAGGAGGAGCUGCCAUUCUGCCAACUCGGCCAGGCGAUGCCUUCGUUUUCGGCCUGGCUCCUGUCUUCGUCUACACUCAAGAGAGGACAACACCACGCCCACCACCUUCGACCGAAUUGUUGGACUUGGAUCCAAACUCCCCACGUGCAAGGGGUUUAUGUCGCAAGUACAAUAUCAAGGUUGUGUCUGAUGACAGCAUUGGUGAUCGCACGGGCGUGGUAGCCGAGGUCGUUCAGGCAAUUGGCAAAGUGUGGGAAAGAGCUAUGGACCCCGAGGCUUCAUCCGACCCUUCGAUUAGGAAUUUGCAGGCCGCCUUUGAUAAAUUGUUGAUGAGGGGAGAUGAGUUUACCGAGAUGGAUCGUAUGGACCUGGUUCGUCAUAGCGAAAUUCACCAGGAGGCGCUCAGAUCCCUGCCCGACAGCAUAGCGACAACGAGCCAUUAUCGGUAUGUUUUGGCCACCUUGAGGAGGGAGAAAGACCGGUUGCAUGAACAAAUCGAUUCAGACCGUGAUCUGGUUGCAGCAAUGGACGCUACUUUAGAAGGACUAUGCCAUUCAUCCCAGACGAGAUCCCAGACAAGGGGAAGGGGAGGGACAAAAGGGAUGGACCAGGGUUUAAGUAGAAGAUUAGAUCACAAGACCGAGGGGUUGGGUGGAGGGAUACCCAACAGACUCCAGAUUGUCAUGGGUGAAGUUAUUCAUGUCGCAGAUGAGGGGGGUGAAGAUGGGUCCUUGAAAUUGACAUGGUCGGCAGUAUAUAUACCGACCAACAUCGUCUUCCACCGUUGGCUUGGCUUAGUGGUUAAGCUGGAGGUGUACAGAGUUUGUCUUACGCUGGGACAGAGCCAAGAAUCCGAACUAGUGAUGGAAGUGGACGUCCCAUCCUCGGCUCCUCACAGAUCCAUUUUCGAUUUCAAAGAACCUACCCCUGCUAUAAGUUCCAACCCAUUCACCCCAGCCUCGGCUCACCAAUCCAUUUUCGAGUUUAAGAAAGUCAGUACUUCAGCUUUUGCCCUGACCUCGGCUCAUCAGGCAUCAAUGUUCGAUUUUCAGCACGUGUGCACUUCAACGAAUGUGCCGCCUGUUUCCCCAUCCUCGGCUCAUCAGCCAUCGAUUUUCGAUUUCCAGAAGCCUGGCAGAUCUCCACCAGCCUCGGCUCGUCAGGCAUCGAUUUUUGAUUUUCAGCAAGUGGACACUUCAACGAAUGUGCCGCCUGUUCCCCCGUCCUCGGCUCGUCAGCCAUCCAUUUUCAAUUUCCAAAAGCCUAACAACCCUGCACCAGCCUCGGCUAAUAAAGGAUCCCCUUUCGAUUUUGAAGUCCAUCGUUCAUUUACCCCGGCCUCGGCUGUUCAGCCUUCCAUUGAUUUUCAAACACCUGGCACGUCUGCUCCAGCUCCUGCCUCUGACAAACCAGGCAUGUCUUCCCCUGGCGCCUCAAGGUCCAAUAGUACUCUGGGAUCACGGAAGUAUCUGACGAAAUCACAAGAGGCCAAAUUACAACUCCAGGGCCAAGGAGGAGCUGCCAUUCUGCCAACUCGGCCAGGCGAUGCCUUCGUUUUCGGCCUGGCUCCUGUCUUCGUCUACACUCAAGAGAGGACAACACCACGCCCACCACCUUCGACCGAAUUGUUGGACUUGGAUCCAAACUCCCCACGUGCAAGGGGUUUAUGUCGCAAGUACAAUAUCAAGGUUGUGUCUGAUGACAGCAUUGGUGAUCGCACGGGCGUGGUAGCCGAGGUCGUUCAGGCAAUUGGCAAAGUGUGGGAAAGAGCUAUGGACCCCGAGGCUUCAUCCGACCCUUCGAUUAGGAAUUUGCAGGCCGCCUUUGAUAAAUUGUUGAUGAGGGGAGAUGAGUUUACCGAGAUGGAUCGUAUGGACCUGGUUCGUCAUAGCGAAAUUCACCAGGAGGCGCUCAGAUCCCUGCCCGACAGCAUAGCGACAACGAGCCAUUAUCGGUAUGUUUUGGCCACCUUGAGGAGGGAGAAAGACCGGUUGCAUGAACAAAUCGAUUCAGACCGUGAUCUGGUUGCAGCAAUGGACGCUACUUUAGAAGGACUAUGGCCAUUCAUCCCAGACGAGAUCCCAGACAAGGGGAAGGGGAGGGACAAAAGGGAUGGACCAGGGUUUAAGUAG